AUUAAACCACAUAAUAGACAGAUAUGCACCAGAUCACUUGAACUAUGAUGAUCCAAUAGUUUCUUCAAUUGUUGACACAUCAAAUCCUUACCCAUGGCUUAGAAAUAAUUUUUCAAAUGAUGAAUGGAAAGAGAUUUCGGAUAAGUCAAAUUCAAAAAGAAAUGAUGUUAAUGGUGUGAAUUUUAUUAAUGAAAAUCAUAUGAACAAACUAAGAAACCAUUUGUAA